CAAAGUUUGAGAAUUUGCAUGAAAUUGAUUAUGUAAUUUGUUUCUCUUUUUAUUUUUGCUCUAUCUGUUUUUAAUUUUGAUUUUUUUUUCUACAAUUUGCAUUUUUAAUUUACAUAUCUGAUGGAAUUGAAGUGCCCUUUAUGCUUCAAUUAAUAAAAGCAUAUGCUUUCUACUAAAAUGUAAUCUUCAAAAUAGAUCCAUUUAGCUUUAAAGUGUAGUUUUUGGAAUGUUGGAUUGCUUUCUACUUGAUGAAGUUAAUGAUAUAUUUGUAGGAAAAUUAGUCAAGAUGAGUUAUUAUAAUAUUGGAUGUGCUUCGAAAAAGAAAGUGAUAUUUGCUGUGAUUAAUCAUUAAUCUGUUGAAGUUUUGCAGCUUCAGAAAUGCAUGCCUGAAAUUCUGUUUUUAUAUAUGCUUGUUUGUUCCUUGAAUGGAUGAGUGCUUAUUGAUUCUUUCAUAAUCAGUUCAAUAACUUGGGAUUCUGUAUAAUGUUAAUUGCCAACUAUGAAGCACGUAUACUAACACAGACAUGCCACUAACACAUCAAUGCCGGGAAUAAUUUGAGAAAAUGAAUGAAUUGAAUUGUAGUCAAUGUGUCGGUGUCGGACACCAGGACACAUCUUCGAUCAGAAGUGUCGAUGCUUCAGAGAUUGCCAAAGCUAUCUUGAUAAGUGUAUCGUGUUAAUAAUACUUGCAGCCUGUGUUGUUGUUGUCUAUAUUCCUAGUCGAAAGAGUUCCUUUGCAGUCAUGAGUUUUGCUUUUCGAGGGAGCAGGGGAGAUAUUGAAACCGGAUUUUCAGAAUAUGUUCCUGAAAGAACCUCAAUGCGUGUUCAUCCAUCUCGGCCUGUUAAUAGCAAUUCUCUAGCUUUUCUUAUUACAGUUAUUUUUAUAUUCAUGAUAUUGAACUCCCCUCAGAUGUUACAUUAUUUUUUGCUCUGGAUAGUACUGGCUGUCUUCGUGAUGGCUACAAGUCUGAGGAUGUAUGCAACUUGUCAACAGCUGCAAGCACAUGCCAGGGCUCAUGCUGCAGCAGCCUCUGGGCUUCUCGGCCAUGCUGAAUUACGCUUUCACAUGCCACCAUCUAUUGCAAUUGCAACUAGAGGAAGAUUGCAGGGACUUAGACUUCAGCUCACACUUCUUGACCGAGAAUUUGAUGAGCUAGAUUAUGACACUUUGCAUGCUCUGAACUCUGAUACUGCUUCUAGUACUCCUUCAAUGACUGAGGAAGAGAUAAAUGCUUUGCCUAUUCACAAAUAUAAAGUUCCAGGUCCAGCAAUAGAUGGCUCCACUGGUUUGGCAUCCUCGUCUUCAGAGGCAGCUGAGAUUAAACAAGACCUCAAAGGAACAGAGGGAAGUGUCAGAGGUCCAGAAGAUGAGCUGACAUGUACUGUAUGCCUGGACCAUGUUAAGAGAGCGGAACUUGUGCGUAGCUUGCCAUGCUUGCAUCAGUUUCAUGCUAACUGCAUUGACCAAUGGCUUCGGCAGCAAGGAACAUGUCCUGUGUGCAAAUUUAGGAUGCAGUUGGUAAGGCAGGGAAACAGGGAGAGAGGGUCAGAUGGUUCAAAUAUUGUGUAGUAUUAAUUCAUAUACGGCUGUAAAGUGCGCGAUAUAUAUAGUUACAUAAGUAUGUAUAUAUUUUCGGAAUUGGAUUACACCCAUAGCUUGGCAUACAUAUAUAAGAAUGUAAUCUAUCUAUAGUCUGUUAAAGUAAUGAAGGUAUAGCACUCUAUUCAGACAAAUUCUUGAAUUUUGAUGAAUUCAUCAAGUGGGACUGAGAGGUGAUGACGGUGUGAUACAUAUUAGAACAUUAGCCUGCAGUCUUU